CGUGCCAUUCAGAAUAAGGUUACCGGUCAGGUGCAAUUGAGCAAUGGAGUUCACAAUCACAAUCGUGGCCAAGAGCAACACUAAUACUUCAUGCGCACGCCAGACGAAUCUUGCACAAUAUGUGCGCUCCAAUCGCGGCACCGAUCUGGUCUACUACGAGGGCAACACUUACACGCCCAACGAGAAGCUGCGCGAGGGUCAAAAGUCACGGGAUUGGAAAUGCUCCAUGUACCACAAGGCCAAGUGUCGGGCUCGGCUAGUGACACGGAUCACCAGCCAGGGGGAUUUAAUACACGUGACCAGCUGUCGGCACACACAUCAAUCUAUGUACAUGCUGCAACAACAGGACUCUAUGGACGGCUUGGCACGCAAUCCUUUGUGCACUGCCAUCAGGCAGGUGAAGCAGGAGCAGUCCAAGUGAAACAGCAUCUUGAAUCUUAAACUAAGCCACAAUUUCAAAGCAAAAUAAAUCCAGACUAAAGCGCAACUUUGUUUUGACUACCGUUCGGCAAGCAAA